AUGCUUAAUAUUCCAUUUAUCAUGGGUGUUCACCCAUGUGAUAGGAGGAGAACCAUAAGGGAAUAUCAGACACUUUUCCCUGCAGUUGAUUUUUCACUGAUCGAAAGUAAUGAAGAUACCUUAUGGGAACCUAAUGUGAGAGAGCCAAAUGAAGAGGUUGCAAUUAGGGGAAUGAAAUUCAUUAACUGGUUAUUAACAAGAAGAGAGACAGAAAUAGCAGUCAUUACACAUAGUGGAUUUUUGUACCAUACACUGAAUAAAUUUGGUAAAGAUUUCCAUCCACUAAUCAAAGAUGAAAUCUGCAAACACUUUGGCAAUUGUGAGCUCCGUUCGAUGGUCAUAGUUGAUAAAAGCUUGCUUGGUUUUGGAACUGAUCGCACCAAUUUUCCUGGAAGGAUUCCCCGAGGGCUUGAUCUUCCCAGUGACAUUGCACAUGACAAGCACCCGAAUGCGACCGGCGACCAUUAACCUCUUCUGCAACUCUGUUUCGCCGACGAUGUCGACCAUUUAUUACCUGAUAUUUUGUUCAUCAUGCCAUUGAAGUAGUUGCUUACAGGCACAUUAUAGAUGCCCUUAUUUUUAUGGCUGAUUCAAGCCAUUAUUUUUAUCUGUCCUCAACUUCAUAUUUGCCCAACUUGAUGGACAUGAUUCCUCUUAUUUUUUCAUCUAACUACUACUUGACCUUGAACAAUAGCACAGGGGAGCUAUCUUAUCUUUAUUUCUACAUCUCUAUGAAUUUCGAAGGGAUUAUUUUGUUGGAUUACUUUAGAGUAUAAAGUACUUCAAAUACAAACAUUUUAUAAAUU